AUGGCAAAUUUCCAUCUGUCAAGUAGAAGGAAGCGAGGACCACAACCUAGCAAUCUUACUGUCCGGUUGUUUCUGCUUGACCCAGAUAAAAAGAUCACAAAAGUUACAAGAGAAACAUGUUCAAAAGGAGGGAUAGAACAAUUAAUGCAGAAAGGAUGUGGGCCACCACAACCAGGUAAUUGAGUGUGGAAUUACUGUAAUUCUCAGGUUUUGUAUGACUUCACAUAAGGGUAAAGAGUGGCUUUAUAUUGUUAUAUAUUAGCUUUUAUAAUAGUCAGAUAACUUGAUUUAGUUAUUUACAUUAUAUGUGUUGACAGCUAUUUUGUUUCUAUGUUGUUUUAAUAGUUGACCUCAGUUCAUUAUGAUUGACCACUCGAUCAUGCUAAAAAAUCCCAUGAUUGAAACCCAAGAAUGAGAACUUAGAGAUAAGUUGAUCAUAAAAAUUGUGUGCCAAUUCCCAUAGUGUUGCUAGUCACCACUCCCAUUUUGAUGAAUCAUUAACCCAUUAAAUUGCACUCAGCACCCUGUAUUAUUACACCAGACAAUUUUACUCAUUAAGGGAGAGCACUGGUUUGUAAUGGGUUAGACUAUCUACCCAUGCAUCUAGUAAUGUGUCUUAAGUUCCACUGUGCCCUACUUUAUUUUAUGGGAGAGUAAUUUGGCGCUCAAUGAGUAAACAACCAUUAUUAUUUGGUACAUAUGGGUAAUUUUCUGACCAUUUUAAUAACUUCAUAUUUUUUACAGAACAUUGUGUAAGUGAUGACAAAGUGGAAUUUCCGUUGGGGCUGACAAAUGAACAGUUAAAACAGAAGUUGUUUGAAAUUUAUCCUAAAUUGGAAAAUGCUUGUUUUGUCUUCAUGAAAGCUGACAAAAACAACAAAUUGGAAGAACUUAACCAUGGUAUGUGUUGCUUCCGAUGUUACACACCAGAAAAUGUUUACCGCAGUGAACGAGGACAAGGGAGGCUUUAUAUACGAAAGAUUGCUGAGAGUGAG